GUUCCGAAAGAAGGACGCCUUCGCUACUGUUUUCCCCACGUCUCGCGUUAUCUUCCCACUUGUAGCUCUCUUUCAUUUAUCUCCAUACUGCUUCUCUCUCCUCUCGUCUCGUCUCGUCUCGACGCUGUUGCUUCUUCCCAAACAAUUCCAAGAAAUAUCCAUUGAGGCGGAGGCCCACUCGCUGGACUAUCAAAGCUGGCUCUUCAACAACUCCUCCACAGAUCUGAUUUCAACUACUUCUCAAAACCCUCAAUUCAUUUAUUGGUCUCGUGUGUUGUCGGUGAAUUUUAGGGUUUUUCGUCGCAGAUCUGUCCUGAGCGCGAUUCAAUUUCGAGCCUGUGAUUUGGAAAUGGCGAUUUUUGGGCAACUGGUUCUGGAGGGAGAAAGUAAGGAGUAGAGAGCGAGAGAGGGAGGGGAUUUGUUUGGGUUUUGAGUAUGGCUGCGUUGCAUAAGUUUGCGCAGCAGCCGAGCACGAGCACGACUACGACGGCGAGCAGUUACGGGCGGUGCAAGGCGGAUGUGGUGGUUUCCGAUCAGUUCCCGGCGGGUCUGAGGGUGCUUGUGGUGGACGACGAUAGCACUUGCUUGAAGAUUUUGGAGCAGAUGCUUCGGAGAUGCUUGUACAACGUCACAAGUUGCACGCAGGCUACUGUUGCUUUGAGUCUGCUGCGGGAGAAGAAAGGGUUUUUUGAUGUGGUCCUAAGUGAUGUCCAUAUGCCUGACAUGGAUGGCUUCAAACUUCUUGAACUUGUGGGGCUGGAAAUGGACUUACCUGUUAUUAUGAUGUCUGCUGAUAUGAGUACCAGUGCUGUGAUGAGAGGAAUUAGACAUGGGGCUUGUGAUUAUUUGAUUAAGCCGAUACGUGAAGAAGAGCUCAAGAAUUUAUGGCAGCAUGUUGUGAGGAAAAAGUGGAAUGAAAACAAAGAACAUGAACAUUCUGGUAGUCUGGAGGAUAAUGAUCGGCAUAAAAGGGGAAGUGAUGAUGUUGAAUAUGUUUCUUCUAUUAAUGAAGGAACAGAUGGAAUGCUGAAAGCUCAAAAGAAGAGGAGAGAUGCUAAAGAUGAAGAUGAUGGUGAAUUGGAAAAUGAUGACCCAUCUACAUCCAAGAAACCACGUGUAGUAUGGUCAGUGGAACUCCAUCAGCAAUUUGUCAGUGCUGUAAACCAACUUGGAAUUGAUAAGGCUGUGCCAAAGAGAAUUCUUGAAUUAAUGAAUGUUCCUGGUUUGACUAGAGAAAAUGUUGCAAGUCAUUUACAGAAAUUUAGGCUGUAUCUAAAGAGACUAAGUGGAGUAGCUCAGCAGCAAGGUGGGAUUCCUAAUUCAUUCUGUGGGCCUGUGGGGUCAAAUAUGAAACUAGGCUCUUCACUUGGAAGAUUUGAUAUCCAAGCUCUGGCUGCCUCUGGUCAAAUUCCUCCUCAAACGUUGGCUGCCCUGCAUGCUGAGCUUUUUGGUCGACCUGCAGGUAGCCUAGUGCUGCCUUCCAUGGACCAGCCACCCCUUCUACAAGCAUCCCUACAAGGACCCAAGUGCAUUCCUGUUGAAGCUGGUGUAGCAUUUGGUCAGCCUUUAACAAAAUGCCAGUCUAAUUUAUCCAAACAUUUUCCUCAUUCCAUUGUACCUGUUGGAGAUGUUUCUUCUGGAUUGGGAGCAUGGCCAUCCAAUAGCCUUGGUACUGUGGGCUCUACUUCAAAUCUCAGAGGGUUGAGUACUCAGAAUGGCAACACUUUGGUGGAUAUAUUACAGCAGCAGCAGCAGCAGCAGCAGCAUCAGCCACAGCAGCAUCAGCAACAGAAGCUACAUCAACAUCAACAACAACCACAACUCUCCACACUAACAGAGCCAAAUCGUUCAAUUAACGUGCAGCCAUCUUGCCUUGUGGUCCCGUCCCGGUCAUUGGUCAGUUUUCAGACAGGAAAUAAUCCUGCUUCUGCUGAUCAGAACUGCAGCUUUAACAGAAGUUCUGUUAUUGAUUACAGCCUGCUCUCUCCUCGAUCAAAUAAUUCCUCACUGGGUAUUGGACAAGUCUCAGACGGGGAUCUUAAAACAGCAAGUGUGCUAAGUGGGUACUCAGCUCCGGGUUCCAUUUCUCCAUCUGUAUCAUCAUGCUCAGUGCAAGCUGAUAAUAGCAUUGAUCGCCAAGUUCAACACUCAGCCAUAACAUUUACUGCUGCCAAACUGUUGCCAGGGCAAGUUCCUAAUAUUGGUGAUAUCCAGGGUCUUAAUGCCAAGUCAGGUGAAGUUCUUGAUCAAGGACCACUUAGGAAUCUUGGAUUUGUUGGUAAAGGGACUUAUAUUCCCAGCCGGUUUGCUGUGGAUGAGCCGGAGUUGGCAACAAGUAACUUGACUCAUGGAAAGGUCUAUGGGGAGAAUGAUGGUAGCAGAGUGAAGCAAGAGCCAAACCUGGAUUUUAUGGAGAAUGCUAGAGUAGGUGCCUCAGUAUUGCCGAACUUUUCUACAAAUGAUCUCAUGAGUGUUUUCUCCGAAUAGCUGGCUUGCAUUGUGUGGUGAGCAGAAGUCAAUUUGUGGUUCUAGGGAGGGAACUGAUUGUUUGGUAUCAUCCCUGUUCAGGAGAAAUUUCGCCAGGAAAAGAACUUUAAAAGGCAGUUCAGAAGAUACUCCACUUCUCUACUAGGCCUGUAUUUAUAGUGUUGGAAGGAGUUCAUAUCUGUGGUUAAACUUCCAAUAAACAAAGAGAAAAAGGGUAAAAAUUUCUUUGUGGUAGUUUGUUGGAAUGCUGGGGGCAGGUCUUAUUUAUGGUCAGGUUAAGUGCUAUUGUCUUUUAGUUAACACUCCUAUGAAAAAUAAAUUGUUUCAAAUAGCUCCAGCAGCUUGAAACGUUGUCCAAAAUGAUAGUGUCUUGCCAACAUUGUUCUGUAGUUAUGUGUUUCAGUGAUGGAGUCCUCAUCCACGGAUUGCUUGUUGAAUCCAGAACAUGGGAAUGUAGUUGCGGUUGAAUCCUAUUGUAUUGCAUAAUUACAUUUUCUCAAUAUUGUUAGAAGUACAAUGUCAUAGAAUCAUGUAGUAAAAGCUGCCUUUUUGCUUUGGUGUUCUUUGCGACACUAAUGGCAUUUGAUUCA